AUGACCACGCUGCUGUGCAUGGGCUUCUCGGACCCCGCCACCAUCCGCAAGGCCCUGCGUCUGGCCAAGAACGACAUCAACGAGGCCGUGGCGCUGCUCACCAACGAGCGGCCGGGCCUCGACUACGGCGGCUACGAGCCCAUGGACAGCGGCGGCGGCCCCAGCCCCGGGCCUGGCGGCGGCUCACGCGGCGACGGCGGCGGCGACAGCGGCGGCGGCGGCGGCCCCUCCCGCGGCGGGAGCACCGGAGGCGGGGGCGGCUUCGACCCCCCGCCCGCCUACCACGAGGUGGUGGACGCCGAGAAGAAUGAUGAAAAUGGAAACUGCUCAGGGGAAGGAAUUGAAUUCCCUACAACAAAUUUGUAUGAACUGGAAAGCCGUGUUUUGACUGAUCAUUGGUCCAUCCCUUACAAGCGAGAAGAAUCGCUAGGCAAAUGCCUCUUGGCGUCCACCUACCUAGCAAGACUCGGUCUUUCCGAGUCUGAUGAGAAUUGUAAAAGAUUUAUGGAUAGGUGUAUGCCUGAAGCAUUUAAAAAGCUCCUGACAUCGAGUGCUGUUCACAAGUGGGGCAGUGAGAUCCAUGAAGGAAUCUACAACAUGCUGAUGCUGUUAGUAGAGCUGGCUGCCGAGAGAAUAAAGCAAGACCCGGUCCCCGUGGGUCUCCUGGCUGUGCUGACAAUGGCUUUCAACCCCGAUAACGAGUACCAUUUUAAAAACAGGAUGAAAGCAUCUCAGAGGAACUGGGCAGAGGUGUUUGGAGAGGGAAAUGUGUUUGCUGUUUCACCUGUAUCUGCUUUCCAGAAGGAGCCUCAUGGAUGGGUUGUGGAUUUGGUAAAUAAGUUUGGAGAAUUAGGUGGAUUUGCAGCAAUCCAAGCUAAGCUUCAUUCAGAAGAUGUAGAACUUGGGGCAGUCUCAGCGUUGGUGCAGCCCUUGGGGGUGUGUGCAGAGUAUCUCAAUGCCUCGGUGGUACAGCCCAUGCUGGACCCAGUCAUCCUCACUACCAUCCAGGAUGUGCGGAGUGUGGAGGAAAAGGACCUCAAAGACAAGAGAUUGGUUAGCAUCCCUGAGCUCUUGUCUGCCAUUAAGUUACUUUGCAUGCGCUUCCAACCGGAUCUGGUGACCGUUGUGGACGACCUUCGACUCGACAUCCUGCUUCGCAUGCUGAAAUCACCACAUUUUAGCGCUAAAAUGAAUUCUCUCAAAGAAGUAACCAAACUAAUAGAAGAUAGCACUUUAUCCAAAUCUGUGAAGAAUGCUAUAGAUACAGACAGAUUGUUAGAUUGGCUUGUAGAAAACUCAGUUCUGUCAAUUGCAUUGGAAGGCAACAUAGACCAAGCGCAAUACUGUGAUCGUAUCAAGGGAAUUAUUGAACUCUUGGGCAGUAAAUUGUCUUUGGAUGAGCUCACUAAAAUUUGGAAGAUACAGUCAGGACAGUCGUCCACUGUCAUCGAGAACAUCCAUACUAUCAUUGCUGCAGCGGCUGUCAAAUUUAAUUCAGAUCAGCUGAAUCAUUUGUUUGUUCUCAUUCAGAAGAGCUGGGAGGCGGAGAGCGACAGAGUGAGACAGAAGCUGCUGAGCCUGAUUGGACGCAUCGGCCGGGAAGCUCGCUUUGAGACCACUUCCGGGAAGGUGUUAGACGUCCUCUGGGAACUGGCUCAUCUGCCCACCCUGCCCAGCAGCCUCAUUCAGCAAGCCCUGGAGGAGCACCUGACAAUCCUGAGUGACGCGUAUGCGGUGAAAGAAGCAAUCAAGAGGAGCUACAUCAUUAAGUGCAUAGAGGACAUCAAGAGGCCUGGAGAAUGGUCAGGUUUAGAAAAAAACAAGAAGGAUGGAUUCAAGUCAUCUCAGCUUAAUAAUCCCCAGUUUGUCUGGGUGGUACCAGCUUUGCGGCAGCUCCAUGAGAUCACUCGCUCCUUCAUAAAACAAACCUAUCAAAAGCAAGACAAGAGCAUUAUUCAAGACUUGAAGAAAAAUUUUGAAAUAGUGAAAUUGGUAACAGGAAGUUUGAUCGCUUGUCAUCGAUUGGCGGCGGCCGUGGCUGGACCUGGAGGCCUGACGGGGUCGACGCUGGUGGACGGCCGGUAUACUUACCGGGAGUAUUUAGAGGCCCAUUUAAAAUUUCUGGCAUUUUUCUUGCAAGAAGCUACUCUGUAUCUGGGUUGGAAUCGUGCCAAGGAGAUCUGGGAGUGUCUUGUGACCGGUCCGGACGUGUGUGAAUUAGACAGAGAGAUGUGUUUCGAAUGGUUUACAAAAGGGCAGCAUGAUCUUGAGAGUGACGUCCAGCAGCAGCUUUUCAAGGAGAAAGUUCUUAAGUUGGAGUCGUAUGAAAUCACUAUGAAUGGUUUUAACUUAUUUAAGACUUUUUUUGAAAAUGUGAAUCUUUGUGAUCAUCGAUUGAAAAGACAAGGAGCUCAGCUUUAUGUAGAAAAACUGGAAUUGAUAGGAAUGGAUUUCAUUUGGAAAAUAGCCAUGGAAUCACCUGAUGAAGAAAUUGCUAAUGAAGCUAUUCAGUUAAUUAUAAACUAUAGUUACAUUAAUCUAAAUCCUAGGUUAAAGAAGGAUUCUGUAUCAUUACAUAAGAAAUUCAUUGCUGAUUGCUACACAAGAUUAGAAGCAGCCAGUUCAGCCCUUGGUGGCCCCACACUAACACAUGCCGUGACCAGAGCCACAAAGAUGCUCACAGCCACUGCCAUGCCGACCGUGGCAACGUCAGUUCAGUCUCCAUACAGAUCCACUAAGCUUGUAAUAAUUGAGAGAUUGCUGCUUCUGGCAGAACGCUAUGUGAUCACUAUAGAGGAUUUUUACUCUGUUCCACGAACUAUUCUACCUCAUGGUGCCUCAUUUCAUGGACAUCUGUUAACUCUUAAUGUUACAUAUGAGUCUACCAAAGACACCUUCACUGUAGAGGCUCACAGUAAUGAAACCAUAGGGAGUGUCCGAUGGAAGAUAGCCAAGCAGUUGUGCUCUCCUGUGGAUAGCAUACAGAUAUUUACAAAUGAUAGUCUGCUGACGGUGAAUAAGGAUCAAAAGCUGCUCCACCAGCUGGGCUUUUCUGAUGAACAGGUCCUCACAGUGAAGACUUCCGGCAGUGGGACUCCGUCUGGGAGCUCAGCAGACUCCUCCACCAGCUCCAGCAGCAGCAGCAGUGGGGUUUUCAGUUCAUCAUAUGCCAUGGAGCAGGAGAAGUCCCUCCCUGGCGUUGUGAUGGCCCUUGUGUGUAACGUAUUUGACAUGCUUUACCAGCUGGCCAAUCUGGAGGAGCCGAGGAUAACUCUACGAGUACGAAAGCUGCUGCUCUUGAUCCCCACUGACCCCGCCAUUCAGGAAGCCCUCGACCAGCUGGACUCUUUAGGAAGGAAGAAAACAUUGCUGUCUGAAACAAGUUCUCAGUCUUCAAAAUCUCCGUCCCUGUCUUCAAAGCAGCAGCACCAGCCCAGUGCCAGUUCAAUCCUAGAAAGUCUGUUUCGAUCUUUCGCUCCGGGGAUGUCCACCUUCAGAGUGCUCUACAACUUAGAAGUUCUAAGCUCCAAACUCAUGCCAACAGCUGACGAUGACAUGGCGAGAAACUGUGCGAAAUCCUUCUGUGAGAACUUCCUCAGAGCAGGAGGUUUAAGUUUGGUUGUAAAUGUCAUGCAGAGGGAUUCCAUCCCAUCAGAAGUGGACUACGAAACGAGGCAAGGAGUUUACUCCAUCUGUCUACAACUUGCAAGAUUUUUACUUGUUGGACAAACAAUGCCCACGUUAUUAGAUGAAGACCUCACCAAAGAUGGCAUAGAAGCACUUUCUUCCCGCCCAUUCCGAAACGUCAGCCGGCAGACGAGCAGGCAGAUGUCCCUGUGCGGUACCCCAGAAAAGGCUUCCUACCGACAGUUGUCAGUGUCAGACAGGUCUUCCAUCAGGGUUGAGGAGAUCAUCCCUGCUGCCCGAGUGGCAAUACAGACCAUGGAAGUCAGCGACUUCACCUCCACAGUGGCCUGUUUCAUGAGGUUGUCGUGGGCUGCAGCUGCAGGACGGCUGGACCUCGUGGGGAGUAGCCAGCCCAUUAAAGAAAGUAACUCUCUGUUUCCUGCUGGAAUUCGAAACAGACUCAGCAGUUCAGGGAGCACCUGCAGCUCUGGGAGCGAAGGAGACGCCGCAGUCCUGCACGCGGGCAUCUGUGUGCGACAGCAGUCUGUGUCCACCAAGGACUCACUGGUUGCCGGAGAGGCCCUGUCUCUUCUUGUGACCUGCCUGCAGCUUCGGAGCCAGCAGCUGGCAUCUUUCUAUAACUUGCCCUGUGUUGCUGAUUUUAUCAUUGACAUUCUGCUUGGAUCACCAAGUGCUGAGAUUCGCCGCGUUGCCUGUGAUCAGCUGUAUACCCUUAGUCAGACGGAUACUUCGGCUCAUCCAGAUGUGCAGAAGCCAAAUCAGUUUCUCCUGGGCGUGAUUCUCACAGCUCAGCUGCCUCUCUGGUCUCCAACUAGUAUUAUGAGAGGAGUCAAUCAGAGACUAUUAUCUCAGUGUAUGGAGUAUUUUGAUCUGAGGUGCCAAUUAUUAGAUGAUCUGACAACUUCAGAAAUGGAGCAGUUACGAAUCAGCCCAGCUGCCAUGCUUGAAGACGAGAUUACUUGGCUGGAUAACUUUGAACCUAAUCGCACAGCUGACUGUGAGACCAGCGAAGCAGACAACAUCUUAUUGGCAGGACACUUACGGCUCAUUAAGACCCUUCUUUCACUCUGUGGGGCAGAAAAGGAAAUGCUUGGUUCAUCACUCAUUAAACCAUUGUUAGAUGACUUCCUUUUCCGAGCUUCUAGAAUUAUUUUAAAUAGUCAUUCUCCAGCUGGCAGUGCCGCCAUCAGUCAACAGGACUUUCAUCCAAAGUGUAGUACAGUGAAUAGCCGGUUGGCAGCCUAUGAAGUCCUGGUAAUGUUGGCUGAUAGCUCACCAUCCAAUCUUCAAAUCAUUACAAAAGAGCUCCUUUCUAUGCAUCAUCAGCCUGACCCUGCUCUCACCAAGGAGUUUGAUUACCUUCCCCCAGUGGAUAGCAGGUCCAGCUCAGGCUUUGUGGGGCUGAGGAAUGGAGGUGCUACUUGUUACAUGAACGCAGUCUUCCAGCAGCUGUAUAUGCAGCCUGGUCUCCCCGAGUCACUGCUUUCGGUGGACGAUGACACAGACAAUCCCGAUGACAGUGUGUUCUACCAAGUGCAGUCCCUGUUCGGGCAUCUGAUGGAGAGCAAGCUGCAGUAUUAUGUACCUGAGAACUUCUGGAAGAUUUUCAAGAUGUGGAACAAAGAGCUUUAUGUGAGAGAACAGCAGGAUGCAUAUGAAUUCUUCACUAGUCUCAUUGAUCAGAUGGAUGAGUAUCUCAAGAAAAUGGGGAGAGAGCAAAUUUUUAAGAAUACUUUUCAGGGCAUCUAUUCUGAUCAGAAGAUCUGUAAAGAUUGUCCUCACAGGUAUGAGCGAGAAGAAGCUUUCAUGGCUCUCAACCUAGGCGUGACUUCCUGUCAGAGUCUGGAAAUUUCCUUGGACCAGUUUGUAAGAGGAGAAGUUCUGGAGGGAAGUAAUGCUUAUUACUGUGAAAAGUGUAAAGAAAAGAGAAUCACAGUGAAGAGGACCUGUAUCAAGGCUCUGCCCAGUGUCUUGGUCAUCCACCUGAUGAGAUUUGGAUUUGACUGGGAGAGUGGACGCUCCAUCAAAUAUGAUGAACAAAUAAGGUUUCCCUGGAUGCUGAACAUGGAGCCUUACACAGUCUCAGGAAUGGCUCGCCAAGAUUCCUCCUCUGAAGUUGGUGAAAAUGGGCGAAGUAUGGAUCAGGGAGGCGGAGGAUCCCCACGAAAAAAAGUUGCCCUCACAGAAAACUACGAACUUGUCGGUGUCAUUGUGCACAGUGGGCAGGCACAUGCAGGCCACUACUAUUCCUUCAUUAAGGAUAGGCGGGGAUGUGGAAAAGGAAAGUGGUAUAAAUUUAAUGACACAGUUAUAGAAGAAUUCGACCUCAACGAUGAGACCCUCGAGUACGAAUGCUUUGGAGGAGAAUAUCGACCAAAAGUGUAUGAUCAAACAAACCCGUAUACUGAUGUACGCCGAAGAUACUGGAAUGCCUAUAUGCUCUUCUACCAAAGGGUGUCUGAUCAGAACUCCCCCGUCCUACCAAAGAAAAGCCGGGUCAGCGUCGUACGGCAGGAGGCCGAGGACCUCUCUCUGUCAGCGCCGUCUUCACCAGAAAUUUCACCUCAGUCAUCUCCUCGGCCCCUUAGACCUAACAAUGACCGGCUCUCUAUUCUAACCAAGCUGGUUAAAAAGGGGGAGAAGAAAGGACUAUUUGUAGAGAAAAUGCCUGUUCGAAUAUACCAGAUGGUGAGAGAUGAAAACCUCAAGUUUAUGAAGAAUCGAGAUGUGUACAGUAGUGACUAUUUCAGUUUUGUUUUGUCUUUGGCAUCACUGAAUGCUACUAAAUUAAAGCAUCCGUACUAUCCUUGCAUGGCAAAGGUGAGCUUGCAGCUUGCCAUCCAGUUCCUUUUUCAGACUUACCUACGGACAAAGAAAAAACUCAGGGUUGACACUGAAGAAUGGAUUGCCACUAUUGAAGCAUUGCUUUCAAAAAGUUUUGAUGCUUGUCAGUGGCUAGUUGAAUAUUUUAUUAGUUCUGAAGGACGAGAAUUGAUAAAGAUUUUCUUGUUGGAGUGCAAUGUGAGGGAAGUACGAGUUGCCGUGGCCACCAUUCUGGAGAAAACCCUAGACAGUGCCUUGUUUUAUCAGGAUAAGUUAAAAAGCCUUCAUCAGUUACUGGAGGUACUGCUUGCUCUGUUGGAUAAAGAUGUCCCAGAAAAUUGUAAAAACUGUGCUCAGUACUUUUUUCUCUUCAAUACUUUUGUACAAAAGCAGGGGCUCCGGGCUGGCGACCUCCUUCUGCGGCACUCGGCCCUGCGCCACAUGGUCCGCUUUCUCCUGGGGCCCGCUCGGCACAGCAGUCAGAUCCGUCGGUGGAGUUCCGCACAGGCACGAGAAUUUGGGAACCUGCACAACACGGUGGCGUUGCUUGUUUUGCAUUCAGACGUCUCUUCCCAAAGGAACGUUGCUCCCGGUAUUUUUAAACCGCGGCCCCCGGUCAGCGUUGCCCCCGCCGGCCCCCUGCUGCCGCUCCACGAGGAGGUGGAGGCCCUGCUGUUCUUGUCUGAAGGGAAGCCCUACCUGCUGGAGGUAAUGUUUGCUCUGCGAGAGCUGACGGGCUCGCUGCUGGCACUCAUCAAGAUGGUGGUGUACUGCUGCUUCUGCAACGAGCACUUCUCCUUCUCCGUGCUGCACUGCAUCAAGAACCAACUAGAAACAGCUCCACCCCACGAGUUAAAGAACACAUUCCAGCUGCUUCACGAGAUACUGGUCAUUGAAGAUCCCAUACAAGUAGAGCGAGUCAAGUUUGUGUUUGAGACAGAAAACGGAUUACUAGCUCUGAUGCACCACAGCAACCAUGUGGACAGCAGUCGCUGCUACCAGUGUGUCAAAUUUCUUGUAACUCUUGCUCAAAAGUGCCCUGCUGCGAAGGAGUACUUCAAGGAGCACGCGCACCACUGGAGCUGGGCUGUGCAGUGGCUGCAGAAGAAGAUGUCGGAGCACUACUGGACGCCGCAGAGCAACGUCUCCAAUGAGACGUCAACUGGGAAAACCUUCCAGCGAACCAUCUCCGCUCAGGACACAUUGGCAUACGCCACGGCUUUGCUGAACGAGAAAGAGCAAUCGGGAAGCAGUAACGGGUCAGAGAGCAGUCCCGCGAACGAGAACGGAGAGAGGCAUUUACAGCAGGGUUCAGAAUCACCCAUGAUGAUUGGCGAGUUAAGAAGUGACCUUGACGAUGUCGAUCCCUAGAGGAACAUGCCAGCACACGAGGAGAAGUCACAUCCAGCUCCUGCACGCUCAGCAUCUUUGUGAAAUCAGACUCUCAUCCUUGAACCCUUUGGAGGAGCCGGGAAGCUGGAGCAGGGGGAGCCUGCUGUGACGGGAGCAGCAGCGUUUUUAAGGAAAGUGCCCUCAGGGCCGCUGGGGAGGCGGGGAGCGGGGAGCGCGCCAGCAGUGGGAGGCUCGGGCCUGUGCGGCAGCCGCCCCGGAACACGGUCCAUAUGUGGAUUAACAUUUUGGUGGAGAUUUUAGGAAAUAAAGCUGGUGGCAGACUUUUUUGUUACAUGAACAUGCAGGAGUGAGUGAGGGUAGGGCUGUUGCUUUUUCUACAAUGCUACAGAAGAAUUCCUUUGGUUUUUAUAUUUAAAAAAAAGAAGCAAACUGCCUUUAGAUGUGUGGGGGCAAGUUUUUAAUCGUGCAGUAACAUUGAAUAGAUGAUGUAAAGACGUGAUGGUUCCUCCGCGCUGGAAAGAGCGGCUGAGGCAGCUGACAGACCUUUGUAUUUGAUAUGUCUCCCUGUUUGCACAGCUCAGAUGGUCUGGGUGAGAGCCCUGUGCAUCAGCUCGGACCUUCAUGAGAUGUGAUCUGGAUCACAAAUUGGGAAAUGAUUAAGCUCUUUAAGGUAUUUUCCUGAUAUCAUUGGGAUUGAAAAGAGCAAUAAAAAAAAUGCUGUUUCCUCCCGAAGUACAGGGUGCACUUUGACGCCAGUCACUAAGGAAGUUUUGAGUUGUCCCCAAAACAAAUUUUAAAAACAGCAAAAUAAAAGGCACUUUAAAAUAUAAUUUUAUUGAGUUUGACUUCAUAUAAUCUUCUUUUUAACGCGUGGAGACAUAUUGAAUAAACUGUAGUCUUAAAUCAUGUGAUCUGCAAUCAUUUGCUUUUGCUUAAAACGCACUUACCGAAACCCUUGGGGCUGGUUGUGUGAAGGUCAGUAUUUGAGUUGGAGACACUGCUGUGUGAGUUCUUAGUAACUGUAAUGCAGAGAAGGAAUUUGAGACUGUUUCUCCUCCACGUGACUAAUGAACACUGAAAAGACAGGGACGAGAUUGAUUUUCCCAGUGAUAACUAGAAGGCAGUUGAACCACCAUCCAUUUAGUUGUAUUUCCCCCUUAUAACCCCAUUCACUGACUGCAGGUUACAUUCUAGCUCCCCUUUUUUUGGUGGGGGGAGGAGAUAUGCCAACAUAUUUCAUAUAUUUUGUACAUUUUGUAUUUUGAGUUGCUACCCACAUUUUCAACCCUCUUUUUGGUGUUCUGCCUUAUUUUCAAUUCACCACGCCCAGAACCAGGGAGCCUCGGGAGGUGCCAGGUUGCCAUUGUUGGCUAGAAUUGCCAAGUCAGAGGGGCUCAGCCGGCCCCACAGAGCCCCGUUGGUUGUUCCUGCGUUGAGCAGCACGUGACAGGCAGCUUUCGUCGUGUGUGUGUCAGUCGCCUGGUCAUUUCCCUGUUGAACUGUUGAAGUCUCCAUGCGGCAGGCUUCGGUUUGUAAUCGUGUAACCUACCUGGGGCUGGCGGUGGCCUUUGUCAGAGACACCGAGGACGUGUGGGGCCGGCAUUUGAGAGCAGCGCUGUGGCCUCAGAGAAGUGCUCAGGGGCAGCUGGCAAAUUUUAUCUGGUUCUGAUGUUUUUGCAGUUUUGAAUGUGAUGUUUUAAAAUUGCUUUUGAGUCCAUGAAUACUCCACGUCCUCCUGUUCUCCCCACCCCAUGUUCACCCCUCUCUCCACCCCCAUCCUCCCAGAACGAUUGUAUGGGGCUUGACAUUGACAUGCUGGAGAUGGUACGUGUUGGGGCGACAUCGCCGGUGACUACACUCUUGGGAGCCCAAAUUCAAGAGUGGAAUUGCUACUUGUAGUCCCCUUAUUUCCUAUGGAAACAGCACCUUCCACGCCCCCGGCACCUGCUGUCCUCCCCGUGGAGCUUCAUCCGAUCGCCCGGCACUCGUGUGUCACGUGCUCUGGUUGAUUGUGCUGACAUGGUUGCUGCGAUGAACAUCCCUUUCCCUUUGCCAGUAACCACGUGAUUUCCAACGGCUGCAGUCUGGACCUGCUGAUGACUUUUUUUUAAAGUAGUACAACAAAGUGACAAUUAUGACAGGCUUACCUUGGAAGAGUUGUCAUUUUUACUGCCAAUUUUUUGGAUGAAGAUGUUUUUAUAAAUCCUUCAAAGUGGUCUGCACGUCAAGGAGGAGUUGCACAACUAACCGAGGGCUGUAUGUUCUCGAGAAGCUCCGUCAUGAGGCCCCCCUGGGAUGGCCGAGCGCCUCCCAGCAGGCGGCUUGCCCAGGACCCCUCCCUCCUGGAGGCCUUGCCUGCUCACUGAUGGCGCAACAAACGGGAGGGCCCCGGAGCCCCGCAGCAGACCCCCACGCCCUCCCGCUGAGCCCCCGGUGCAGGAGCCGCCUCGGGAGUCGGGCGAGCAGACUGGAAUUGCCCUCUGCUACCUCUUGUGUACAAAACCUUGUUUAUAGAAUUUCCAAAGGAAGUGGAUAAAUUAGGGAAGUAUCUUCAUUCUAAAUUUGGUUCAUGAGUGGCAGAGUUCUUAGCUUCUAAGGGUAUAAAAUAAAUUUUUCAAAAAUGUGGA